CUGGGAGGGACUUCAGAGCUGGCAGGGGCCUCGGGGUCACCUCGAGUCUAACCCCCUUCGUCUUUCUUGUGGGGAAACUGAGGCACUGGGCAGGGUCACGGAGUUUAUGGCAGCGUCUGUCGCCUCCGCCUUCCCCUGUUACAGGUGUGGCGUAUCAGACGCAUGCUGCCUCCUCGGAGAAGCCUUCCCUGACCAUUCCUUUACGGAAGGGCCUCCAUCCCUUUUAGUCUUCCCCCGCCUUAACCUUUCUUUGUUGCACUGCCACUCUCAGAAACUGAUCUGUCUCUCCGUUUCCGGCCUCCUCUGCUGAGUGUUUACUGGAUACACGGAGACACGCCUCCCCCAGGCAAGCAUCUGUUCGGCACCGGCCACCGUGGCCGAGGCACUGUGCUUAGGGUCGCGCGUGUGGCCUGGAGCUGAGCUUUUCCUGGGAAGGAGCCUGGUUGCAAACGAUACCAGGUCGUGACAGGUGCCACGAAGAGGGCAGGGCGAUGCCAUCCGAGGUUGGAGAUGGUCAAUGAGCAGAGCGGAGACGCCUCUUGAGGAGGGCCAAAAUGAGCCUGUUUGGAACAACCUCGGGGUUUGGAACUAGCGGGACCGGCAUGUUCGGCAGCACGAGCACGGACAACCACAACCCUAUGAAGGAUAUUGAAGUAACAUCCUCUCCAGACGAUAGCAUUGGUUGUCUAUCUUUUAGCCCACCAACCUUGCCCGGGAACUUUCUUAUUGCAGGAUCGUGGGCUAAUGAUGUUCGCUGCUGGGAAGUUCAAGAUAGCGGACAGACGAUUCCGAAAGCCCAGCAGAUGCACACGGGGCCUGUGCUUGAUGUCUGCUGGAGCGAUGAUGGGAGCAAAGUAUUUACAGCAUCGUGCGAUAAAACUGCCAAAAUGUGGGACCUCAACAGUAAUCAGGCAAUACAGAUUGCCCAGCACGAUGCUCCUGUUAAAACCAUCCAUUGGAUCAAAGCACCAAACUACAGCUGCGUGAUGACUGGGAGUUGGGAUAAGACUUUGAAGUUUUGGGACACACGAUCAUCCAAUCCUAUGAUGGUUUUGCAGCUCCCUGAAAGAUGUUACUGUGCUGACGUGAUCUACCCUAUGGCCGUGGUGGCGACUGCGGAGAGGGGACUGAUUGUCUACCAGUUAGAGAAUCAGCCUUCUGAGUUCAGGAGGAUCGAAUCCCCGCUGAAGCACCAGCAUCGAUGUGUGGCGAUUUUCAAAGAUAAACAGAACAAGCCGACUGGUUUCGCUCUGGGAAGCAUUGAGGGAAGGGUUGCCAUUCACUACAUCAACCCCCCAAACCCCGCCAAAGACAACUUCACCUUCAAAUGUCACCGCUCGAACGGAACCAAUACCUCAGCGCCUCAGGACAUCUACGCGGUCAACGGCAUCGCCUUCCACCCUGUUCACGGCACCCUCGCCACCGUGGGAUCUGAUGGCAGAUUCAGCUUUUGGGACAAAGACGCCAGAACGAAACUGAAAACCUCGGAGCAGCUGGACCAGCCGAUAGCGGCCUGCUGCUUCAACCACAACGGGAACAUAUUCGCCUACGCCUCCAGCUACGACUGGUCCAAGGGACAUGAAUUUUAUAAUCCUCAAAAGAAGAAUUACAUUUUCCUGCGUAAUGCAGCCGAGGAGCUAAAGCCCAGGAAUAAGAAGUAGAGGCCGAGGCCCCUGGGCUGUCGGGAGCUGUGCUCUCUCCGCUGCGCCUCGUCUUCAUACGAAUUUGGGUCCCAGUUUUUGGUAGCUUGUCAGCCACGAUGUGGAUUUGAGCCCCUGGAGAAAACGAUCGUCGUUGGGCAGGCAGGAGCCCCGCCGCCGGCCUCUGCUGGCCCUGGAAGUGAGGUUCCUGCCGGUGGCGGCCGGGCAUCUGCAGCGCUUCGUUCAGCCCCGUCUUUGGUGGAGAACAUUGGGGAACAUUCUGAGGACGCUGUGCUGCAUUUUGUAAUAAAGUAUUUUGAACAUUGCCUCCUGAGCUCCCUUUGUCUCUCUGCCCCCCGCUCUGCCCCUCAGCCCUCGGGGGCUCCUCCGUCCAGCACGACCGUGGGUUUUGAUGUGUGACGUGAGACGCCGUCGGGGGAGCAGCAGCCUCGCUGAGGAGGGCGGGGACCCCGGGCCGUGACUGUUGUCCGCCGUGCGCAGGCCCAGCGGCUGCCUGUCCGAGCGCAGGCUUCCUGCGUCCCGUCUGUGACAUCCCUGUGUUGUUGGGCUCUGCGGGCGCACCGCCUGGUGGCCGGGACGGCCCGUCCGUGUGCUGAGCGCCAGACCCAGUGGGGGACGUUUGUGUGGCCCUCAGCUCGGGGUCCGAGCUGCCUGCAGGACACGUGCUCUGGAUCGCGCCCAGUGACUGGGGGUUCCCGGCCUUGCUUUCCUUUUCUAAUUUCUCAUAAUUGAAAAUUCUUAGUUGGUAAGUAUCUGAGUGAAAUUCAACUUCGACGUUUGACUUUUGAGUCCGUGGUUGUGUUUCUCCCCUGUGAUCCCAGAUGCUUCUCACGCGUUACUGUUUGGGGCUGGGAUCUAAGCUGACUUGCUGAAGUUUGGAAAUCUGGCUUGAUGAUCUUGUAACGCUUGUUUGCCUACUCCUAAAAAGCAAGGAAAAUAAAAUUUUUUACUGAAAGAGA